GUCCUUGCUGAUCCUGAGCUGCGGGUUUGGGACUCUUUGGGAUCUUUUCUCGAGAUUGGACAUCAGCUCAUCACCAACGUCGAGGCGAUGAAGAUCACCAAGAGGAAGGUGGCUUGGGCGGAGGAAGGUCGCCUGGCUGAGGCCGCCCGCCUCGAGGAGAAGAUCGUCGAGGUCACAAGUCUCCAGGAGGCACUGCAGAAGGAGGGACAAACCUCAUCCGAACUGAGGGCUGCCUUGGAGGAGGAAAGGAAGAAGGCAGAGGCCGAGGUCUCCGAACUGAAGGCACAGGUCUCCGAGCUGAAGGCGCAGAUCCCGUCCCUAGUCUCGGAGGUGAGGGCCCGAGCGGUGGAGUUCAAGACCUCCGAGAUGGAGGAUCUGCAGGUCCAGUUCGGCUAGGACGCUUUCAUCAAGGGCUUCGAACUCUGCCAAGAGAAGGUGGUCGGAAAGUUUUUCGAACUGGACCUCGGCUUCCUGGAUGAGGCGUUCGACGAUGAAGCCGGACCUUCCGAAGCCGCUGCCGGUCCUCCUCCAGUUGGGACCUCUUCAGCCACUACGGCUGUCGCGACCGACCUUCCGGGGGUGUCGAGCUCCUCCACUUCUGUCCUAGAGGUUCGAAACUUCUAGU